AUGGCUUCACAGUCCCAAACCUCGUCAAUGGCUUCACUUGCCUCCCAAAUUUGCAGCCACAUAGCCUCUAUCUUCUCAAAACCUACCCACCCUCACCCACCGGUCUUAGACCUCUUAGUCGCUGAGCUAUCUUCCACCGCCGCCCAAAACGGCAGCGUUUUCCUCUACGGCGUGGGAAGAGAAGGCCUAAUGAUGAAGGCCCUCUGCAUGCGUCUAGCCCACCUCGGCUUCUCAGCACACUUAGUCUUCGACAUGACAACUCCUCCCAUAACAACCAACGACCUCCUCAUCGCCUCCGCCGGGCCCGGUGGCUUCUCCACCGUCGAUGCCAUAUGCUCGGUUGCGCGAUCGCACGGUGGUCGAGUCUUGCUGCUGACGGCUCAGCCGGAGACGGGGUCGUGUGUGGCCCAUGCUAGCGUGGUGGGUUAUGUGCCGGCACAGACUAUGGCGGAUGACGGUGGGGAUGCGGCGGAGUCUAGGGCGUUGCUUCCGAUGGGGAGUGUGUAUGAGGGUGCCUUGUUUGUGUUGUUUGAGAUGGUGGUUUAUAGGUUAGGUGAGGUUUUGGGUCAGAGCCCUGAGGCCAUAAGAGCGCGCCACACCAAUCUUGAAUGAGGUCACAUUGGUCGGAGCCAAGAAAGACAAGAAAAGUUGGCUUGGCUUGGGAAUGUUGUGAACCCACUAUGGACUUUGUAAAUAAAAGGGUUCAUAACAAUAAACAACUUUGUAUUGCUUUUUGUUGAGUGAUUU